CCAUUCAUACUAUCCUAGCUAAUAAAGACGUCAUUAACAAGCCUGAUAAUCAAAACAUAAUCACUCAUGCUUAUUUAUAUACAAAAAGCAAACAUAGAUCUUUUUCAAAUAAUUGGGAUAAACUACUUUUCAUUAAUGAUGAUAAAAGAUUUAUCAUCUUCUCUGAAAGAUUAGACCUAAUUCCUAAACAAUCAACCAUAAUGGUUAGAAAACUAUCCUCAGAAGAUGAGUUAAUCAAAGUUUCUAUUCACCUUUUAAUUCCACCCAUACCUGUUUGUCGUCCUCAUGUUCCACUAUAUGGAGAACCAUCAAUAGCUAUAGUAACAAGUUCUUAUUUCUAUGACAAUAUUAAUAAUUGUUCCCCAUCAAUGUUAGACGUAGCCUACAUUUUAUCAGAAAACAAACGAACCUAUGCUCAAAAACAUGGUUACGCAUUUAUUCCAAGAUCUCUAGAAUUUCAAUUACACCUAAAUUUAUGGGGAAAAAUUGAUGCGGUAAAAAAGGUUUUACCUUAUUAUGAUUGGAUACUUUGGAUUGAUAAUGAUGCAAUUAUCACAAAUCAAGAGAUUUCUAUUCUGGAACUUUUUACUCGAUUUUACCAACUUAUAAAAAAUAAGAAUGAUGCAAAAAACAAUGCUAAACACGAAAAAAUAAUUGAAAAUGAAAAGAUGGUUCAUCAAAAAAGACUUGAAGAUAGUGAAAGAUAUUACGAUGAAGGAGGUCCGUUGGAUUAUGCUGACGAUGAUGAUAUAAAUUAUGGUUAUGAAAGUUUAUUUGAUUAUGAUUUUGACGAAGAUGAAGAAGUUGAAGAUGAUGUGAAACUAUUUGAUGAGAGAAUACAUUUUAUAAUAUCUAAGCCUAAAAAAGAUGCAAUAUUUAAUACAGGAGCGUUUUUGAUUAAGAAUUCUGAAUGGAGUUUUGAAUUUUUGAAAAAAGUGCAAGAAAUAGAAGUUUUGCAUGGUGAUGGACAAGCAUCCAUGGGGCAACUUAUUAAUCAAUAUCCUAGUUUAAGAGAUCAUAAUAUCUUUCUUCGUAGUUUCGCAAAUCCUAAAAAGCUCGUUUAUAGGCAUCGGCGCAAAAUGGUCGUGACGGCAGUAGACCUUCACGAAU